AUGUUUGUUUGUCUUAUUUCCACAUCAAACGCACAAGAUGCUGAACCAGCAAAAAAUCCAAGUCCGGCUGAACAAAAACAAAGCAGUCUUGUUCCUAACAAUAUAAUACAGUUUCCGAUAAGCGAUCCAACUCAAUCAAAAAGUGGUUUUACGUGUCCUGUUGUUGGAAAUUAUAACGAUCUUAAGAUAUACCCCAGCUUUUUCUCUCAACUAGGAACGUUCUUCCCUAUUCUAGGUCUUCUUUUCACUGUGGCUGUUUAUGGUACAACAUCCGUGUUUGGAUAUAUAACAACAUGUCUACUUGAUGAUAUUGUUAUUUUGGGGACAUCCUUAGUACUCAUCAUUUCGUGGUACAGCUUCACCAAACCAUUUUGGUUGGUUUUAUUAGCGAAUUUAUUGCAAGGUGCUGCGAGCAAGCGUGAUGCUUUAUCAACUUUUUUCAUUGCAAAAAAAGCUGUUGUGAUUGUUGGAUCUGAUUCUGGACCAGUUGGAAUUAAUUACACUGUUCCUAUCAUAGCACUUGGUUGUAUUUUUGUUGUAACUGAUGCUGAACCAGCAAAAAAUCCAAGUCCGGCUGAACAAAAACAAAGCAGUCUUGUUCCUAACAAUAUAAUACAGUUUCCGAUAAGCGAUCCAACUCAAUCAAAAAGUGGUUUUACGUGUCCUGUUGUUGGAAAUUAUAACGAUCUUAAGAUAUACCCCAGCUUUUUCUCUCAACUAGGAACGUUCUUCCCUAUUCUAGGUCUUCUUUUCACUGUGGCUGUUUAUGGUACAACAUCCGUGUUUGGAUAUAUAAUAACAUGUCUACUUGAUGAUAUUGUUAUUUUGGGGACAUCCUUAGUACUCAUCAUUUCGUGGUACAGCUUCACCAAACCAUUUUGGUUGGUUUUAUUAGCGAAUUUAUUGCAAGGUGCUGCGAGCAAGCGUGAUGCUUUAUCAACUUUUUUCAUUGCAAAAAAAGCUGUUGUGAUUGUUGGAUCUGAUUCUGGACCAGUUGGAAUUAAUUACACUGUUCCUAUCAUAGCACUUGGUUGUAUUUUUGUUGUAACUGAUGAAGCAAAAGAAGCUAUCGAUGGAGAUAUUCAAGAUAUCAAUGAAGAAGAUAUCGAAGAUAAAAAAAAGGUUUAUGCACAAGUCAGCAUUAUGGAUAUUCAUAAUGUUAAAAGUUUUAAUAUAAAUAAGGAUAAGUAUGAUGGUAGCAGCAUUAUAAAUCCCAAGAAAUUGGAAAAAUAUUUAGUUGAUUCUACGGGUAGUUAUAUUUAUGUUUAUAAAAAAGCCACAAAAGAAAAAAGUAAUCCAGAAGAAAAUACAAAAGAAAAAGGCAGUCCAGAAGAAAAUACAGAAGAAGAAAAUACUUCAACAAAAAAUAUUACAGAAAACGAUGAUGAUGAGAUUACUGUAGAUAAAAGUGUAUCUACAGGACCAAGUCCAAUAGAAGAAAAAAAAAAUAAAGAUACAAUUACUAAGAAGCCCAAGUCUAAGCAAUAUUACUACGUUAUGCCUGUUCAGGAUUCUAUGUACUUUGUUGAACUUGAAUUUGAUAAAAAUAAAAUCGAGAAAAAAAAGCAUGCGUACCAGAACGAAAAGAACAAAUACAUUGAGGCAAAGAAAAAAUACAAGGAUAUAUUAAAAAAAGAAAACGAGAAAGAAAAUGAAGAAGAAAUUAAAAAGCUCAAAGAAAUAAAGGAUAAAUAUGAAAAAAUAAAGAGCAAUUACAAUCAAAUUUUAGAGAAGGAAAAAAAGGAGAAAAACGUUAACAAAUACGAAAAAAUAGAGAAUGAAUACAAGAAAGUAGAGAAUGAAUACGAGAAAUCAAAUGAUAGUGCAAAGGAGGGGAUGAAGAUUGAAUACGAGUACAAAAAGAAUGAAUACGAGUACGAGAGGGAAAAAAUAGCAUACAAGAAAAAGUGGAAAGAAUAUGAGGAAAAAAAGAAAGAAUAUGAGGAAAUAAAUGAUGAAUGCGAGAAAAUAGUAGGAGUCGAGAAAAUAGGAGGAGGCGAAAAAAUGAAAGAAUACGAGAAAAAGUGGGAAGAAUAUCAGCAAAAAAAGAAAGAAUACGUGGAAAUAAAGGUUGAAUAUGAGAAAUUAGAAGGAGAUAACAAGGAGGCGAAAAGGACUGAGUACGAGGGAAAAAUGAAAAAAUACGAGGAAGAAAUGGAGGAAUACAAGAGGAAAAAAGAAGAAUAUGAAAGUAAAAUGAAAGCAUACAAGAAAAUAAAGUAUGAAUACGAGAAAUCAAAAGGAGGAGAUAAAAAUAAGACUGAACACGAGGAAAAAAAGAAAGAAUAUGAGAAAAAAAAGAAAGAAUACGAGGAAGUAAUAGAGGAAUACAAGAAAAUAAAGGAAGACGAAAUGAAGAAUGCAAAUGAUGAGUACGAGAAUGCAAAGAAAAAUUACGAGGAGGCAAUGACAAAUUACGAGAAGGCAAUGACAAAUUACGAGAAGCCAAUGAAAGGUUAUUUGAACAAAAUUGAAAAGGAUAAAGAAGUAGAGAAGAAGAAAUUCUAUGAAAAAAGGGAUGAAUACGAGUAUAAAAAAACAAAGAAAGAAUACAAGGAAAAGAAGAGAGAAUAUGAGGAGUCAAAGAGAGAAAAGGAUAAAGCGCUUGCGAAGGCAAUGAAAAAACCCGGGGAUGGAAAGAAGAAAGGAGAUGAAAAGGGGGAAAAACAGAGUGAAGCAAAUAAGAACGAAACUGAACUUACUAUACAGCAAACAAUUCAGAAGGAAAUGAAAGAAUACGACGAUAAAAAUAAGAAAAAAAAUGAUAAAAUAAAAAGUGAAUACGCGAAAAUAUUGGAAAAAUACAUAAACGCAAAGGACAAAAGAUAUGAACAACGAAAGAAGAAUAUAAUGACUGAGACAGAGGAAAAAUACCAGAAAGCGAAGAAAAAAUACAUAAAUGAUAAGAAGAAUGAAAUAAUAAAAAAAUACAAAGAUGAUAAGCCGGUGAAAAUAAUGGAUGAAUUCGAGCAAGCAAUUGUUGCAAAACACGCGAUGGAAAAAAUAGAAUACGAGAAUAAAUUGACUGAAUACGAGAAACAAAUGGACGAUUACGAUUAUUAUUCUGCAGAUCUUGAUAAUUUGUAUGAUGAGUACUAUAAAAUAAAGGGUGAACUCGAGGAAAAAAUAGCUAAAUUCGAAUACGAGACAAAAAAGAAAGAAUAUGAGGAAAUGGAGAAAGAGAACGUGGAAGACGAGGAAAGCUAUAACGAUGCAGAAACAAAUAAAGAAUAUGAGAAUGCAAAGAAAAAUUACGAUAAAAUAUACGAAAUAAAAAAGGGAGAAUAUGAGAAAGCAAAGAAAAAAUACGAGCAGGUAAUGUUGAAAAUAAUUAAUAAAUACAAAGAAGCAAAGAAAGAAUAUGAGAAAGCAAAGGGGAUGGAAAUGAAGAAUAUAAUAGAAGAAAAGAAUGAAAGAACCAGGAAAAUCAAGGAAGAAAUCAAGAAAGAAAUUGAGAAAAUCAGGAAUGAUAUAGGUUGUGAUGGAAUUGCAUUUCACGACUAUACUGGUGGAAGUUUCGAAAAACAAAAUGAAAUCUCCAGAUUCAGACCAAAUGACCUUGAAAAAGGACUUCCUUCUCCUUCUAUUAAACUUAUUAGAAAUUGUGAGAAAAUCGAAGGCCACGUCUUGAUUAACAUACUUGAAACAGGAUUCCUAAAUUAUAUUGUUUAUUCUCAUCGUUCUUCUAAACAGCCCGGAUUACUAAAAUGGAUAAAAUGGAAAUACCAUCUGUAUAUUAACCAGUCUGGUUGCAAACAAUCCUGGAGAGAAGAGAAAAUGAAAUUGAGGGAAGAGGACCUUAAAGCGGAACUGGAAAAACUAGAUCCCGCACGGAAGAAACAAGAAUUAGAGGAGCUGAUAAAUCAGGAAUUAGAGAAACUGGAGGAGCAGAAACAACGACUGGAGGAGCUGAAAGAGGAACAGAAACAAAUAGGCCCAUUACCUUAUUAUUUAAUUUAA